AUGCAGGGUGCCGCGGCCGACAAUAUCCGGAUGCUCGCGGCGCUGUGCGGUGCGGCGGGGCUCCCCAACCUCUCGCUGGUCACCACCAAGCGGAGCCGGCUCUGGGAUGGGGCUGAAAGGGGCCAGGCGAGGCUGAAAUCACUGCGAGAGCGGUUCUGGAGUGACCUGAUUCGGGACGGCGCUUCGACCUGGGAGCAUGAUGGCUCCCGUGACUCGGCCGUCAAGAUCGUGGACGCUCUGAGGCACAAGGAGAAGAAGCCCUUGGCCAUUCAAGAGCGGAUGGUCGAUAAAGAAGCUGAAGUUGGGCCAGACAGGUGCAGGACAGAUUGGGCAAGCACUGCUGCGCGACGACGAGGCAAGACACCGAUCGCGGGUCCGGCAGCUUGA